AUGUUCAGACGAUCGUCUCAUCAAGCUUCUCAAUCUGGUGGGAAGAAAUCUACUUGUCAUACGACUGAUUCUAUCCUUGAUACGAAGUCCACUAGUCCUGCAAACACCUCAGGAAAUGCGUACAUGAUGAAAUUGGAAGUAACCAAAUUGACUUCUACUGUCAAACCUCGAAUCGCUAAGUUACUUAUCCUAUUUACCCCAAUACUCGACAGAUUACAGAGGAUGGAACAUUUGGAAAAGGACAAAGAUAGUAAUGCAAGUACAGAAGUCGGUACACCUGAUGAGAACGCUUCUUCAUCUUCCUCAUCUACUCGAGCAGUCCCCACGAUCAGGGGAACAGCUACAGAUGUGCCUACUUACAUUGUGUUACCCGAAGGGUCUCAAGUGAGUUUGAAAGUAUGGAAGGAACCUUACAGUUCGGAUCACAUGACUUUUGAAUCUCGCGUUAUUCCUCAACCUGAAGAUCAAAAGAAAGAGGAGAAACACAAGGAGGUUGAAUCGGGAUAUUUUGGGAGACUCUUUUCUCCUAGAUUGGCACCUAGUCAAGUACAAACUCCCUCUAUCUCAUUCGAAGAUCCGGAGACUGAAUUGUAG